ACGCCGCUGUUGCCGUAGUGCAGACAUUUUCUAACCAUACACAGUUGAACCUUGGGUUCGAUUAACACAUUUCAUUGCAAACUCAAUUAAUGAAAUUUCUGGGAUAAAAAUAAUAAUAAGAAUUCGGCGAUAAAUUCGUUAGAGUGCUCUAUUCGAGUGGCACACAUAACUGUCCUGAAGAGUGCCAAGUCUAGAUAAAGCUUACCGAAGCGAAUAUCUAUAUUUAUACUUAAAAAAACAAAAGUAAAACGUGUGCAAUGAUUGCCAGAACUCGCUAAGUAAAUAGAGGCGUACUAUUUUAUUCUCAGGCAACGGCAACACUAACGUAAUCCGUUAAAAGAAGCCGCUAGGUUCCCAGAAACCAACGACGCAAGGUAAAGGAUUCGAAAGAUAUUAAUUUGUUCCUGAUAGCUAACUCAUAACCCAGUGUAAGCGUAAAAAAUUUACGAUUUCAUCAUGUCUGAAAUGCGCAUCCGUCCACGACAAGUACUCAUACUGGUUAUAGUGUUCCUUGUGGUAUUGCUAAUGGUCCAUCGUAAUGGAAAGCGGACUUGCCAAGGCCCCGAAUUUAUGCAAAUUAUGUACGCUAAACAGGCGGAGGCGUCUUUACCAAAAAUUUACGCCAUAACGCCAACAUAUACGCGACCGUCGCAAAAGGCAGAAUUAACUAGAUUGUCUCAUAUUUUCAUGCUUGUACCCAAUUUGCAUUGGAUCAUCAUUGAAGAUGCCAAUACAACAACUGACGUUGUGCGCAACUUAUUAACGCGCGCUAGCUUAUUGGAACGUUCAACGCAUCUUAAUAUUAAGACGCCGGAAAACUUUAAACUGAAAGGGAAAGACCCCAAUUGGAUGAAGCCACGUGGGGUUGAACAACGGAAUUUGGCACUUAGUUGGAUCCGAGCCAAUGUAGAUCCACAACAGCACAGUGCGGUGUUUUUUAUGGAUGAUGACAACUCUUAUAGUGUUGAACUCUUUGUAGAAAUGACAAAAAUUGAGCCGGGACGUAUUGGUGUAUGGCCAGUCGGCUUAGUAGGUGGCCUACUGGUGGAAAAACCACUACUCAAUGCUGACAAUAGCCAAGUAAUUGGCUUUAACGCUGCAUGGCGACCGGAGCGACCAUUUCCCAUUGAUAUGGCCGCGUUCGCCAUUAGCAUCGAUUUGUUAUUCAAAUAUCCACAGGCACAAUUUGCCUACGAAGUAGAACGUGGAUACCAAGAAAGUGAAAUAUUACGACACUUAACAACAAAACAACAACUACAACCCUUAGCGAAUAAUUGCCGGGAUGUGCUCGUCUGGCAUACUCGUACGGAAAAAACAAAUUUGGGCGCUGAAAUUAAGCUAAAUAAGGAAGGGAAACGCUCAAACGAAGGCAUGGAAGUUUAACACGAAAAUCGCAUUUUCUAAGCAAGAUUUAUUUGAAACGUACGUAUUUGCGAUUUUGAAAUCUUUAUACCGAUAAUAAGAAUUAUGUACUUAAGUAGGCACGCAUGGGCUAACAGUCAUGCCUUGUACAAGACAAAACAAAAGCAUAUCAUAAAAAUACGAACAUAUAUUCGUAUCAAGAAAAAUUUAUGAAGCUUAUAUCGAAGUGCUUCCAAACUGCAUGCUUAUAUGUAUUUUAUGUAUAAAUAUCUACUACUUAGAGACAAAAAUUAUCAACAGAAAAUUUUUAUAAAUUUUUUAUGCCAAUAGCUUUGUAAUUUUUAUGUAUUUUGUAAACGAAUUUAAAGUAUGUAUUUAAAAAAUAUUCUUAGUACCUAAAGCAAUUAUAUAAAUCUGCCUAUCUUCUGUGUCUUCCCUUUGCCACGAAGUAGCCUUGCAGAAUACGAUAAAUAUUUAUUCAUAUGUAUGCCGUGUAAACACAAAUCUAACGCGUCAAUUCAGAAAAAAACAAACUAGAGUGUAAGUUAGUUGGGCAGACAACUAAUUUCUAAAACCAAAAUGUUUCUAUUUGUUGGCUUCAGUUAUUUUGCCAGUGGUAAAAGAAUAACUAUGAAAUUAAAUGUUUAUUUUAUUUAUUAAAUUAAUAUUAUCAGGUGUUUUAUCUCGUUCUUUGGUUUUUAUAUUCUUUAAGAGUUUCUGCUGAAGUAAUGUCAUGACUUACUAAGGAAAUGUUUGCCUCAGAAGCUAUCGAUAUCAAAGCUGCUACUGGGUCGUUAUCCUAUAGCCCCUUGGCUGAUGACACUAUUACAUAAUUUCUUACUCGUUCUUUAUCAAAUAGAAAUGAUGUUUUCUCCAACUGCUCUAGCCUGGAUUUUAACGACCUGUUCUCUUUUUUAAGGUUAGCUAUUUUAUGGUUAUAUUGUGCAACUAUUUGUUUUAUAUCGUCGUAUUGACUGCUUAAAUAGGAGACUGAUUUUCUCAGUUCUUUUAUUUCGCUCAAUACCUCCUUAAUCAUCGUUGAAUCAUUUGUGAUUCUGGUGCUGCCUGUUUUUGAGGAUAGAAGUUUUCGUUCCGAGUUUUUCGGAAACUAAAAAAAACGAAUUUUAUUUUUAUUACACUUUUAUUGAUUUUAACAACUCCGCUCCAUCAUAUCACUAAACUCCACUGAACCGGCUAAUUAUAAUCAACAGUAUUACUUUUACCCUAUUUUUGACUAUCUUGCACAUUUCGUCUUUUAGUGAGCUAAAUUACUUACAAAACAAUUCCAAAGAAUUGUUUGUCUGGAAAAUAUAAAAAAUGUUGGCAUGUGCCGGAAAUGCAAAUUUGGCAUUUGUUGCAUAAGUUGAUAAUAUUUAACUUUAUUUUGGGCGGCACAUGCCGGAAAUGUUAAUUCAGCUAAUUAAUUUUCUUUGUGAAUUUUACCAUUUACAAAAUCAAUUGGUUAAACCCCUGUAGUGCUGUGUAUAGUGUUAUUAUAGAACCCUAUUAUCCUCAUCAUUUUUUCCUCUACUGUUUCAUGAUGAUUUUUCUCAUCGUGUCUAAGGAGUCGAAGGUGUUCAUUAAUUGUGUUAUGUAGUCUUUCGACAUCUGCGUUGGAAGUGUGAUUACUACUGGAUGUGAAAUGUAUAUUAAUCUCCUCGUCUUCAAGAAAUUCUUUCAUUGGUAUGGCUUUAAAUCCAAGUUCGUUAUCUACGACAAUUUUUCCUAUCUUUCCGUAAAACUUAAAUAAUAUACUGAAGUAAUUUUGUUUUGAAUUCAAUCCAUGUUCGUCCGUUAAUUUUAUAUGCCCCUGCGUAUUUGGUAAAUUUAUCGAUCAUCGUCAAGAACAGUUGUUUUUCUAAUGUAUAAAAGACAUAGAUAUGAAUAAUUUCGUGAGGUCUCAAAGGCGUUUCUGUAAGUUUAUAAGGUAAUUUCGGUGGUCUCCUGUCAUAUUUUUCUAUAUUACAAAUUUCACAAUUAUUUAUGAGUUGUGUAAUUCUUAAUUUUAAUUUUGGAUUGUAAAUU